CUGGGUGUAUCUAGGGGGUGCACGUUGUAUGCGCAUGCGUUGAGGCUGAGAGGGAAGAGGCAAUGUCUUGACUUGCUAGGUGUCCCCAUGCAGGUGUCAUUUGUAUCUUGAAGGCUGAAUGGCGUUUUAAGUUCGAGCAAUUUGCGUUAGGAUCGGUGGAUUAAUCAAGGUUCACAGAAAGGUUUGAGGCUGUCUAUUUUAGACGAGGAAGAACCCAUAAAAUGGAACACUUGGCUUCAUAUGGGUUACCAUUGCAGGAGAAAAAAUGUGCACCAGUAACAUUUGAAAGUUUCAGAAAGACGGAGUCAAGUUUUGAGCUCUCUCAAAGGAAGGCAGUCCACGGAGCAGAUGUUGACAUUGAUAGUACUCAUUUGGCAUGUGCCUCACUGGAUGGGCAGUACAAUAUUAGAGUUGAGAUAAUUAAUGAUUUCUUUGCUGGUGAGAGGUCUGCAGAUGCUUUAGGUGAAGUUUCUUUGCCUCUUGAGACACCCUUCAAGAAACCUCGUCUGUCUGUCCAUUAUUGCAGUUCUCCAUUUCCAUCCAGUAGUCAGACAUCUCAUAGAGAAUCUGCCUGUUGCACAGGCCCUGCUGAUGCCUCAGAUGAGAUGAGACAUUUUCAGUUCCCUUACACUGUUGAGGCACCUGACCAGUUAAAAGAACCUGAGUGUUCUAAAGAGGAGGAUGAGUAUUUAGAUGAUUCAUUGCUAGAUUUUACAGAUGAAGAAAGUCCAUGUUCACCUUUAAAUUUUACUGAAGAAGAAAUUCAGGAGAUUCUAGCAGACGAGGCAACGGAUACAGGCACAUCAUUUGAGAGUGUAUCUGUUUGUAGGCUUAGAGGCCAUGAUGAUGCUGCUGGGCACAGUCAAGAGCCACAGCCAGACAUUUCUGUUCAGACGCUGGCAUCUAGUCAAGCAAAAUCUUCUGCCAGCAGCUGCUCUCUACUAAAUGAAUUUAAAAAUGAAGCUUGUGCAACUUCUAAUUCUGUGUACAUCACAGUUGAUUGCAUGGAAAGUUUAUUAGUAGGCUCCAACUGUGAGUUAAGUUCUCCCGUUGAACAUAUACCUGAACCGGAGUUUGAUUUUGACAUUAAUGAACUGCUUGCACUGAGCCCCACUGAUAGUUUUGUAAAGGUGGAUGAAAAAUCAUUGCUGGAUGUUGGUGAACAUUUAAUUCUGAAGAAGUUGAGUGAUGAACAAAAGAUAGAAAUCUCUUGUCCCCUUGUACUUCAACAGAUUCCUGAUCAACUUCAGCCUGACCCUCUGAAGUGCUCCGUCAGCAGUAUUAGCCUCCCUUCAGAAACUCUUGAUGCCUUUGGCUGGUCAGAUGGUGCAAAACCCCUUGAACUUGUUGCUUUAGAACAUGAGUCCUUGCAUCCAGUUCACACUGUUGAUCCUGCUGAGUGUUUGCUCAGUGAAAUGGGUGAGGAAAAAAAUAUGGAUUGUGAUGAACUGAGUCCCUUGUUAUGGUCUAGUCUUAGUAAUGUUGGGAGUAUUUCAACUGAAAUUUGCCAUACAUUUCCAGAAUCAGGUGCUUCAGUUUCUCCAGUUUUUGCAUCACAGCCUGUGUCUUUGGAAAAUGCGAUUUUAGGUUCUGUUGAGUUAAAAGAUAUUUUUGGAAAAGGACUUUCUCCAGUGGAUAUGGAAAAGGAAAAAAUCAGCAUUCUUCCAUUAGAACUUGAAGAAAAAGGACCAUCUGCUGUGAUUAUGGAGAAUAAAGUGUUGGCUACUGCCUCUCAAGAGAACGAAAAGCCACAUGGCUUACUACAAAAAGAGGAAGAAACGCCAUUUCACACCAAGUCAGAAAAGACCUCAGAUGCUGUUGACAAGGUAGCGGGAACACCAGGUGUUCUUGAAAAGUCUGAAAAUGCAUUACCUGUUGCCAAGCCGAGAAAGACACUGGCUACCCCUGCCAAAGCAGAGAAAACUCUGGCUACCCCUGCCAAAGCAGCAAAGCCUGCAUCUGCUCCAGCCAAGGUAAAGCCAUCAGCUGUCUCUUCUAAGGUAACAAAACCCUUGUCUGUUGGUACUAAAGCAGGAAAAUCACCAGCUGCCAGUAUCAAAGUGAAGAACUCCCCAGCUAGCACUGCAGUGAUAAAGAAAUCAGCUAGCCCUGCCAAGACGAGAAAAACCCCAGCUAGCACUAACAAGAUGAAGUUGUCAGAUGGCACUGCCGAGGUGAGAGAGUCUAAGGGGAUUGCUGCCAAAGCAGCAAAGUCCCCUACAGUUUGUAUCAAGGAGGAGAAAACUAGUGAUGCCUCUGUUAUGGAUAAAUCACAAGCUGCUCUUCACAAUGAAGAGUUUCAGAAUAUGGUCAGUGAGGAUUUUGGAAAUGCACCUGAAGUUGUUGCCAAAAAACUUGGUAAAGUUGUACCUGUCCCAAAAACAGACUCAUGGAAAGAUGUAAUGGUUGAUUUCAGCCUUGCCAGGCAGGUAACCAUUCCUGUUGAGCAGCUGGAGAGAAGAAAACGUAUCUACAUGCAGUGUGUAGUAAACCAUGUCCAAAAUCCAGAGGGAACCCGUCAAGGAGCUAUGGGUGAGCUGCUUCAUCUUAUGGACCAAGUUGCUAAUGUGGAAUACAGAAACCAAGGCCGACACCACUGGCAGCACCCUUCUGACCUCACAACAAGGAACUAUUCGCAGUUUGUCAGAAAGUCAUCCAGUACAUAUAGUCUUCGGCAGUGGGCCAGCAGAAAUGGUGGAUACCAUCGCCGUUUCCAGAAUAUUUCAGAUAAUUUUCAACGUAGCGCAGUUCCACCAACCACACCAUUGUGAACUGUUACAGCUUUUGUUUCUGGUAGACUUUGUACGAAAUUGUGCAUUUUGGUUUUGAUUCAAGGAGAGCUGUUAUUCCUUUUUAUGUUGUUAAGCAUCUUUUCUGUUAAAAUGGUCAGCACUUAUAUAAUAUUGCUUACAGCACUGACUGCUGAAGGUUUGCAAGAGGACAUAAUUUGGUACAUUGGUAAAGUUGGAUGGCUGUUAAGGAGUUGUAAAGAAAUGUGGGCAUCUGUCCUUUUCAACUCCUUGUAUCAAAAGCAGUUUGAGUUUCAGGAGAUACCUGCCAGUUUAGACAUAGGAGCUUAACUGUCGGUAAUGAAUCCUAACAGUUCCAGUUAGAAUCAGAUGACAUACUUCUGCUUCUUGGAUUUGCAGACAGUAGGCUGCCUUAACAUUUCAGUUCAUAGUCUUGUACAUAUACAAAAACAAAUUAUAAGACCCUUAUUAGAUCUUGGCUCCUUCUUCAGAGGUCAGCUAGUGGUUAUGGGCCAUUCCAUUGGUAUUUUUUUGUGCAAACAGUAACUGGUUGUUUGAAUUUAUUAGAGUGGACAGCUAUGUCUUGUUCAGAAACAAGUCCACAGCAUGUUACUGUAGAUUUGUAGUUUUGUUCUGUAAUAUAUCUAUGUGGAUAUCAUUGUUGAGAAGGGCAUUUGAUUUGAUGUGAGGAUUAAGCAGUUUUUCCCCUUCCCGUGCAUUGGGUGGUAAGUUACACACCUUUCAAAUCAUGGGUAGAUCACUAGUUU